AUGGACCAAGCGAUCUCGACAAUACAGUCGCUGUGCCAUUCUAUACAAAAAAUGGAGUUUCUGUCACCUGGAAUCUUCACAAACGCAAUGAUGUCCAGACCUGAACUCACAACAUUAAUUCGAGAUGCCCUGCCUGGAGAACUGCAAUUAUAUAAGAUCACACCAAAACUGGGAAGCUCUCAUACCGCAGUCCAUAAUGAAAAUGCAACAAAUCGACGCCACUCUGUCAAGCACAUGGAAGAGGCCAUCGUGGAAUUGGGACCUGUUCGUGUCGAUGGUCGUUCAACCUACAGCGCUAGAAUUGGCGCCAAGACGGCAGUCGACACUCCACAGGUUCCUGUGCAAAUUCCAGUUCUUUCUGAAGAGAUGUCGCUGCCUACUAAACAGAAUGUUGCCUCUCAAUAUAGUCUUCUUUCGAGAAGAGUCAUAGACAGCACUGAUCCAAAGGAAAUAUGCAACGCAAUUUUUUCUUUGGAUGACUCUGCGCCUCAUUUAAAGGGAUUGCAGCAUUCUAAAGAAAAGGCGGCCCAGUUGUUGGCCGAGUACGAGCGCCUAAGUAAAGAUGUGGGAAGUCUACGCUCCCAGAAUCUAGAUAAAGCCAGCGAAAAUGACCCGAUUUACGAACUACUGACGCAAGACAUCAACGAACUUAUAGCGAAGGAACAGCUCGAGGUAGACAGGCUUGAAAAGGAAGUAGAUCGGAUAUGA